UUUCUGCAUUGCAGAGGGAAUGCUUCCCUGGUAUGGCCAAGGAUGUGGAGUAUCCCUCCAGUGACGGUGAGGAGCAGAGCCUCUACACUUCUGCCCAGGAGGAGAGUUUCAUCAACCCACGCCCCAGACCAGCUGAGCACCUCUGUGUUGUCUGCAAACUCACAGGCCGAACACCAUAGCUCUGGUCUCCGCGAACAGUCUGACAACCCCACCAAAACCAAGUGGACAAGUGAAACAUCAACAGUACAUUUGCAAAGAGACAGUCCCAGGUCCGUAGAUGGCCACGUGGAGCUACUGGGCCACGCGCAAGGACCAUUGGACACUUUUCCCUGGAGCAGCUCUACCCCUCAACCCCUGUCUGCUGAUACCUUUGCCACCACCAGCACGACUGACUCGGCGUCCAGCAUCCUGCUCUCCCCUGUGCUGUCUUUUGAAGAUGUGGACACUCCCACUAUCCUACAGGAGUUCCCCACGGGGCCAUCUAGGAGCCAAUCAGAUGUGUCUCAGGAAAGCGGUAUGCUAGCAGGGUAUGGCAUCACCGCAGAGGACAGGGAUUCUGAGGUGGACAUACAGGCAGGCGGUAGGAAGGCGGAAACCUCAACAAGAACCAGUAGAGACACCGCCUGUCCAGAGGAGGACAGCGAUCCACAGCAGUCAGAUCAGAGAACCAGUGGAGACAGGGCCUGUUUUGAGGAGAACAGUGAGUUAGUGCGGUCAGACCAGAGAGCCAGUGGAGAGGGAGCUCACCUGGAGGAGGACAGCGAGUCAGAGCAGUCAGACUCUGGCAGCGGAGACUCUGGGUGCGCUGACUCCUACUGUUCCACCAUCAUCCCGGACGAGCUGCCACAUGCUGCCACCCAUGUGGCAUGUUUCCACACAGGAGGCGGGACAGCCAGGAGCUCCACGCUGCAGGGAGAAGGACUGAUUCCGUCUGAUAAGCAGAAGAGGGAAGAUGACAAAGACUUCCCUGAGGAAGAGGACAUACUUCAUGACGAAGAGGUGUCUGAUGAAGAGAAGGUUUCUGGUGAGGGACGUUCUUAG